AUGACGCUAAAGAGUCAAAUCGGUUGCAGGAGGCCAGGCCAGGGCCGAAUUACAACUUCUAGAAAGGAGACUGAUACAUGUAAAAUAUUUUCAGGAGUUUCAGAUGGUGUUACUACAGGAACUCCAAUCCACGUAUUUGUGCCUAAUACUGAUCAAAGAGGAAUCGACUAUAGCGAGAUGUCAUUAGCUUAUAGGCCUUCCCAUGUAGAUACAACCUAUGACAUGAAGUAUGGUGUGAGCUCAGUUCAGGGUGGUGGUAGAUCUUCUGCAAGAGAAACCAUUGGAAGGGUUGCUUCUGGUGCUGUUGCUAAGAAAAUCCUUAAAAAGUUUGCUGGAACUGAGAUUCUUGCCUAUGUCUCUCAAGUUCACAAGAUUAUUCUUCCUGAGGACUUAAUUGAUAACGAUGCACUGACACUUGAUCAGGUAUAAAUAUAAUUGUUAUUUUCAUAUUUAUAUAUGCUAGAAUGUACCUUUUGUAAAAUUGUUUGCAUUAGAUUUUGUGUUGU